GACGCAGGGGCAGAGGGAGGGGGAAAGGCGGGACGUGCAGAAGUUGCUCAUGUUGGCUGGGCGCACCGCGAGUCCAAGCUCUCCAGGCUCGGGAGCGCUGUAUUCUUGAAGGGUCAAAUACGUCUGUAGUAGCUUAGUGACAAGGCUUUAAUCAUCGUCAUAACAUUUUUCAAAGAAAGCAUCUCCAAGCGCCGAUGUAUCGAUGAAUUUCUCCGGGAAACUGACAACCGUCCUCCUGCUGGUGCUCCUCGCAGCGCAAGGCUGUUUUUCAUCUAAAGGGGAGGAUAGAUUAUUUCGAAGGUUGUUCAGGAGGUAUAACCAGUUCAUCCGACCAGUGGAGAAUGUAUCUGAUCCAGUCACGGUGGAGUUUGAGGUCUCUAUAUCGCAACUGGUCAAAGUGGAUGAGGUGAAUCAGAUUAUGGAAACCAAUCUGUGGCUGAGACAUGUCUGGAACGACUAUAAACUGAAAUGGGCCCCCGCUGAAUAUGAUGGGAUUGAGUUCAUACGAGUUCCAUCGAAUAAGAUUUGGAGGCCAGACAUUGUUUUGUAUAACAAUGCUGUGGGUGACUUCCUUGUGGAGGACAAGACCAAGGCUCUGCUGAAGUUUGAUGGCACCAUCACCUGGGUUCCUCCGGCUAUUUUCAAAUCCUCCUGCCCCAUGGACAUCACCUACUUCCCCUUUGACUACCAGAACUGCUCCAUGAAGUUUGGCUCCUGGACCUACGACAAGGCCAAGAUUGACCUGGUGCUCAUUGGCUCGAAGGUGAACCUGAAAGACUUCUGGGAAAGUGGAGAGUGGGAGAUCAUUGAUGCACCAGGAUACAAGCAUGACAUCAAGUACAACUGCUGCGAGGAGAUCUACCCGGACAUCACCUACUCCUUCUACAUCCGCCGCCUGCCUCUCUUCUACACCAUCAACCUCAUCAUCCCCUGCCUCCUCAUUUCCUUCCUCACAGUUCUGGUCUUCUACCUCCCGUCUGACUGUGGAGAGAAGGUCACCUUGUGUAUCUCCGUCCUCCUCUCCCUAACUGUGUUCCUGCUGGUCAUCACUGAGACCAUCCCUUCGACAUCGCUCGUCAUCCCUCUGAUUGGCGAGUACCUCCUCUUCACCAUGAUUUUUGUCACGCUCAGCAUCGUCAUCACUGUUUUUGUGCUGAAUGUCCACUACCGCACCCCAAUGACUCACACUAUGCCAGAGUGGGUGAGGGCUGUGUUUCUUGGGGUGCUCCCCAGGGUGAUGUUGAUGAGGAGGCCUAUUGACCAGGGCUGCUCCGCCCCUGCCAGUAUUACAGGAGGGACGGGUGGAGGAGGAGGAGGAGUAGGGACCAGUGGAGGGAACAAGAAGAGAAAGAACAGCACAGGAGGAGGAAGUAGUUCAGGGAGUGUGAGUGUUGGGGGUAUAACUGGGGGUGUGGCAUGUCCACCGCUGGAUGGAACGGCAGCAGGAGGGGGAGGGGCCACUUCAGCUGGUGGCUCCAUGAACUGUGUGGAAUAUGGCGAGAUGAACCGUGACAUGAACCGGGAUAUGAACAGAAGGUGCCCCUAUAGGGGCAAGGAGGUACCGACUCCUGUCCCUCCCCCAGUGGUGCCACCUCCUCCACCCCAGGCACCCCAGACACAGGGGCCCCAGGAGUCAGAACUGCCCAAGCUGCCAAGGUCCCUGAAUGCCCCCUCACCCGUCAGCGCUGUUGUUGCCUUCUCUGUGGUGUCGCCAGAGAUCAAGCAGGCCAUAGAGAGUGUGAAGUACAUCGCAGAGAACAUGAGGACUCGCAACAAAGCCAAAGAGGUGGAGGAUGAUUGGAAGUACGUCGCAAUGGUCAUUGACAGGAUCUUCCUGUGGGUUUUUGUGACCGUCUGUGUGCUGGGAACACUGGGACUCUUCCUCCAGCCGCUCAUCAGCUUCUUGAAAUGAGACGCUUGUCUUUGUCAUUUCUCUUUCUCUGUCUUUUUGUCUACUUCUGUCUAUGUCUGCACCUCACUUGAAUUAGCCCUCCUGCAGCUCUUUCACAUCAAACACUGGGCUGUCUUCUCUCUCCUUUUCUGGCGUUUAGUCUCCUCUUUCUGUCUCUUGCUCUUCUCUGGGACUCCAUCAUCAGCCAUCACUUCUAGCCCUCAGCCGUCUCUUUCCUCACAUGACUUACCCUGAUUUCCCCAUUUCUCCUUUGCCUUGCCCUGUCAAUGUGCACGCGAUCCUCCUCCCCAUUGCUGUUCUUUCUGACGUGAUUAUCACAUCUGUUCUCCUUUCCUUUUCUCGGUUUCUUGUCCUCUUGACCUGUACC